UGGUAAUCUUUGCUCUUUUUCUGUGCAGAAGUAUUGCCGGAGGUCAUGGGUCUUUGCACGUGAGUAACUCAUUGUCCUUUAAUUGGAAGAGUGACUGCAAAGCGGCUAGCAGGGAGGGAUUGUUCUCGAUGUAGAAUCUGCAUUUAUGCACUCAUCCUGAGUGUAACCAUGUAAUCAGGUCAACAAGGUGCCACUCUGCAGUGGUGUAAGUGGAGGAUUGGCAGCACGCUAUUAGGAACCAGGAGAAGCUAAGGAAGAGAGAGAUAUUUAUGUUAUCUCUGCCUCCAGAUGGGAUCCCAACCUACUGUGCAUUUCUGUGUAGGCUUUAUCAGAGCUCUGCACGUCAUUAAGAUGACUUCUUAAACUCUCAACUAGGGAGUACUCUCCACCUCAUCUUCACAUAUAGUCCCGAGGAGAGAACCUCUCCAAGUCAGUUUUCCUUCUCUUUGCAAGAACAUGAGUGCAAGAUACCUUGGAAUUAAGAGAAUUAUCAAGGCAAAGGACAGCUGCACUGGCUGAAGGUGGAGCGAAGAAACAACUCACAACGUCUCAGUACAUCCAGAUCCUUGUUUGUAGAUUAUGAGCAUACUUCUACCAGUAAGCUGUCUGUUGGGCUUGAUUAGUGACAUCUGAAUUGCUUUAAGAAUCCGAUGGGUGAUCUUUGGUUGAAGAACUGUCACCAAAACCAGAGAGUAAAAUACAAACUUCAGAACUCAAGAGAAAGAAACAAAUGCAAGGGCUCUCUGCUUGAGCUCAGUGCUCUUUACAGUGUCUUGGGAGGACUCCAGGAUGUCAGUGCUUCUGCUGGCCAGCAUUCUGCUGCUGAUCCUUCAAAGACUGGCCGUGUCCCACCUUAUGAUGGAUAUGGCCCUACAUUCCUUUGAUGACCAGUACCUGGGUUGCAGAGAGCAGAUGAUGGAAGAACUGGAGCGGGGAGGCUAUUUCCAGAAGGAAAUAGCUGCUAGUAAGAAUUAUUCGAGCCUCUGGAAGAAGGCUCAGGAAGCUUUGUUGAAGAGCCCUGUAGGUCUCCUGAGGGAGAUGCAUGAUAGUCAUGCCACUGCCCUCAUGGCUUACACCAUGAAUUCUUCCCUGCACUCCCAGCUGAACUGGGCCACAUCCACAGCAGGAAGGUCUCCGGAGCAUUACAGACACAAUUUCAGCUUCAAAUAUUUUCACUUUUACCUAACAACAGCUAUCCAGAUAAUGAAACAAUGGCAGAGCAGCAGGGACAACGUGGGGAAACGUCACUGCUACCGGGUGCACAGAGGUGUAAAGGACUUAUAUAUUGAGGCUACGGUCGGCAGCACGGUGCGAUUUGGCCGUUUCACCUCCACCUCUCGCCUCCGGAAUGAAGCCCAGAAAUUUGGGAAUGAAACUUUGUUUACGGUGACAACCUGCCUGGGAGCAGCUAUGCAAGGCUUUUCUUACUACACAUCUGAGAAGGAAGUCCUCAUUCCCCCUUAUGAGAUAUUCCUUGUCAAAAAUUUCUUUCGGACACAGCAUGGUAACAGGUUGCACCUGCAUUCUAUGGGGAACUACAGCAAGUAUCGCUGCCAGCUCUUGGAAGCUUCAAGAAUCAAGAACAGUGGUUCAACUGCCUCAGCCUCCAUCAUUCUUCCUAGUGUAGUUGGAGUUUUCUUGUGCUUGGCCAGGCAAUGGCUGAUUCUCUGGCUACAUCCAGAUAUAUACACUUGAAUAAUGGACAAGAAAAAGCAGCUGGGUGAACUGCUUGGCUUUCUGAGCAGCUCCAUGUAAGUUGGUGCUGCCAUUCCAUUGGAAAUCCCAUGUCAAGAAACACAGAACUUUAGGCACCUGAGAAACUCAAGCAUUAGAAAUGAAGGCACUUACGGAAUGUGGGUGUCUUUGUUUUUUGGGCAGAGAAAGGGGUCGCGUUAUGCUCAGUAUUUCAGCCAUCAGAUUUAGACACGUGCAGUGGCAGAGACCAUCAUCUAAUUAUCUAAAAUGUAGUAGCAUGUUAUGUCAAAGUGAACAGCUACUGCUACAGAAAUCCUGAAACAUGUUUGCCUGCACAGUUUGCAGAGCUAUUUUAUGAUCAGCUUGUUCUCUAUGUAUAUUUCACACUGCAUUUUUGUUUCUUUUGCUUUACCAUUCAUUUCAAAUAAUCGAUCGACAGAACUUUAUUACGAUUCCUAAAUGCUCAGAGACACUAAGUACAGAUUUCAAAAAGGGCUGAGAAGAUGAGAAACAGCUGUCACAGGUACGUCUUGGAGGUGUGUGUUCAAGCUUGCUCGAACUCCUUCCUAUGUGAGAAUUAAAGGAAUCAAGGUGGACUUCUAACACGCUGGUACAUUUAUGU